GGACUAGAUUCAGAGUUAAACAGACAUCAUCCCACGUCUUAUCAGUCUGUAGCUUCUAUUGCUACCACUAUGGUUUUGGACUUAAAUUUUAAAGGGUUUAUGGCCCCAGUAUUUACUCCUUUCAAUAGAAAAACAGGCGAGGUAGAUGUCAGUAUUAUCAAGUCAUAUGCUCAACACCUGUUAAAAAGUGGAGUACAAGGAGUUUUAGUGAAUGGCACGGUGGGGGAAGGUGUGUGUAUGAGUGUUGCUGAGAGGAAGAUAGUUCUGGAAGCUUGGCUAGAGGCUGCCAAGAAAACUUCACUACACGUGAUGGUGCAGAUCGGAGGUCCUUCGCUCAGAGAUGUGCAAGAAUUGGCAAAGCAUGCCGAGGACAAUGGAGUUUCUUCAAUUCUUUGCCUUUGUGAUUUGUUCCAUCGGCCAAGCAACGUUCACGAACUAACUCACUACUUGACUCUCGUUAGUCUUGCUGCACCUAAAACCCCACUGCUCUACUAUCAUAUACCAUCCUUCACUGGUGUCAAUUUGGACAUGGAAGACUUUCUUAAAGCUGGUAGUUUAAAGAUUCCAACUUUGGCUGGCAUAAAGUUUACUCACAACAAUCUUGAAGAAGGUUCUCGAUGUCUCCGAUUGAACAACGGACGAUUCACUGUACUGCUGGGAAAUGACCAGCUUAUAGCUGCAGGAUUCUUCGAAGGGUUCAACUCCCUCAUUGCCACAACCCUAAAUAUGUUUGCAACUUUGAUAUCGGAAAUCCAUCAAACAGUGAAUGAGACUACACAUGUAAACCUUGCACGCAGCAAACAAUUCCGUCUGACUACUAUCAUCAACACCAUCAUCAGAUAUGGUAAGUGGGUGCCGGCGAUGAAAGAAGCGAUGUACAUCAUAACAGGGCUCGACUUUGGAGAAGCCCGUGAACCCCAAGGGCGAAUGACACCAGAGCAGAUAAUUCAACUGAGGUCAGACUUAUCAUCUCUUGACCUGGUCAACUGAUAACAGUAAUAUCAGUGUUGGACAUCAUGCAAUGCUGAUAAGCCAAAUGUGUCGUGUAAUGAUUCAUACUUUGGAAUUGGCGUUUUGAUGAACUGAUUUGACUAUAAGAUUAUAUUAAUUUAUAUGCUUGUGUAUUAUUUAUUACUAUUCAAUAUAUUCUGCUGAGAGGGGUAGUAUAAUAUUUCACUUCAAUUCCGUCUAGCUUUGUGAUAAAGUAUGUUAAGAUAUUGCUUUUUAAACUGUUAAUGUUAAUAAAUGCUUCAGCUUUCAGUUUAA